GCUCUAUACAGGUCUGUUGAUGGUUCUGGACAUUCCUCAGGAACGAGGCCUCAGUUAUCUGGACCAUAAGUACUUGGAUGGGUUGGAUGUAUGCCGCUUCCCACUUUUUAAUUUCCUGCAGCCGCUGACUCUGGACUGGAUGUACCUGACAUAUGUCAUCAUGCUUCUUGGUAGGAUAUAUUUUUUUUCUGUAUGUAUUUUAUAAAACAUAUGCCCUAUGUCUUUGUCUCCUAAAUGCCUCUGUUUUUUUUAAAAUUAUGUCAGAAUAUCAAUUUCUGCAGGUCAUUUCUCUCUUUCUUUCCAACUUAAUCUUCAUGUCAAAUAUUUAAUUUUAUAUUCAUUUAGGUGCACUGGGGAUUACCCUGGGAUGUUUUUACCGCCUAAGCUGCCUCCUUUUUCUCCUGCCAUACUGGUAUGUGUUUUUCUUGGACAAAACGUCCUGGAACAACCACUCUUAUCUUUAUGGACUGAUUGGGUUCCAACUCACGCUGCUUAACGCGAACCGUUACUGGUAAGAUUUGCUAUUAAGUGAUCUGUUCCUUAAUGUUAAAGCAGCCUUGUCAUGUUUUGUGUGGUUAUUUGGCUAUGGUUUUCCUUCCUUAAUCUCCAUGUAACGCAUUGAUUAGUCUCCACCCAUUGCCACCUGCCCUUUUUUAUAUUUAUUAUCUUCAGUUCCUUGUGCUGGAUCGCAAUAUCAAUUCUGUUUUCUUCUGCGUGUGAUGUCAAUUUGCCAAUCUGUGGGAUUCCUUUUACUGAUUGUUGGUAAAUUAGCUUAGCAACUGGUCUGGAACCUUAGUUAAAGGAAUACUUCACAGCCCAAAUGGGCAAAAAAUUGAGAAGCCUCUGAAUCGGUGCACUCGUGUGUGUGUGUGUGUGUGUGUGUGUGCACACGUCUGAUCAAAGGUCUGGAAGAGCUGAAUGUACUGAUGUGGGGGAGGAGGCAGUUAUGUUCAAGUAUGAGUUAAAAGUACUUGUGAAAGUGACAAUUGCUCAUCACAAUUGGCACUUUUAUAAACUGGGCUUAAAAUAGGAUACAGCUCACCCAUAAGCACUUGAGCAAGCUAAAGUGCUUAUGGGCUAAGGAGUGGUCUUUUAAGCUCUGCCUAUUGUCAAGGUUUGUCAACUUGACUGCUAGACAUAUUAGUCCCUAAAUUUCCUUAUAUAUUUUAUGAAAACUAAAAAGGUUAAAGCAAUUCAGACAAAGGGAGCUGUAUAGAAACAUAUUAGGUAAAGUUUAUUUUUGGUGGCUGAGUUCCUUUAAUAGCAAAAUAUAUCACUUUUGUCAUUGUCCUAUAUGGCAAAGAACAGAUACUGGCUUUCUGCUAAAUUCUGCAAUUUAUUUUUACCACUUUGUGGGUUAGUUAAAUGGUUAAAGGACCACUAUAGGCACCCAGACCACUUCAGUUCAAUGUUCAGUUCAGUUUUAACCUUGCAGCUGUAAACAUAGCAGUUUCAGAGAAACUGCUGUUUACAUUGAGGGUUAAUCCAGCCUCUAGUUAAUGUCAGGCUCCUUGAAAGAAUAUAAAUAGAUUCACACAAACUAGAAAAUACAGUAUGUAAAUAUACCACCUAUUGGAGAUAUAGGUAUUGUGAUUACACCUGUAAAACAAAUAAAAUACACAUAGUGUUUUCCAUACAAUAAAAGUACACAAUGCUUAUAAUAUAUGAGGAAUAAACUCACAAGGAAGGAGCCUAAUAGGCUCUAUGUAUAUCGCCCUUGGGUGCCUAUCCAGGCUCUCGAUAAACUUCUUGUGAAGAACUCGAAAUCGAGUAAAAAUAUAAAUACAAAUUUAUUGGGUAUACUUAUUAAAAUAAAAUAAAUAAAAUAUAUAUAUAUAUAUAUAUAUAUAUAUAUAUAUAUAUAUAUAUAUAUAUAUAGCAGGCAGAGUAGGCAGGCAGAAUAGAAGGUAUUGUUUAAUAUGGCAGCAUAGCUGGGGGCACGCUGAGCUGGUAUCUGAAGCGCAUUACUCUAUCUGUUUACCGGCGCAAAUCUCUAAAUGCUGGAAAGAUUUUAUUUAGCUUUUUAAACACUUAUCUUGGGCAUAAUGUUUGUUACAUUAUAUGACAGCGGUGCCGUUACUGGCUCAUUUUGUAAUGUGUCUGCUUCUUGAGUGAGAUUAAUCUCUGGUUUUCAAAGUAGGCAUUCGGGGUUUUCUGCAGGUCAGUUAGGCUCAGGCAUCCGUGACAGGGAGGGUGCAAAACCAAGGGAGCUGGCUAGGACUCCCUCCCUGUCACAGGUGUUUUCCUCAUCCCAGGGUCUCUAUUUAGCCUUGUACUGCAGAGAGCCUGACACUUCUUUCCCAAGUAGGUUAAUCUCUUACAAGAGCAGACAUUAGGCUGUUAGUGUAGGACCUGCCAAAGAUGGGGUACAUUGACGUUGUGGCAGGCUUAUGCAAUGUAUGAUCGUAUAAUGUAACUAAACCCCCAUUAUUUUUGCCUAGAUUAGGUGUUUUUAAAAAAACAAAUAAAAUCUUUCAACAUUGAAGUUGCUGUUUAGUGGAUAGGUGAGUGCGCUUGGAUCUUGUGUAUUGUAUUAUUUGGCCCCCAGCAGCACCCCCAUUUAUGCAUGUUAAGGUGAGUGCAGCCAACCCCCUCUUGUUUUAUAUAUAUUUGGGAGUCUAGCCAACUCCUUGGUUUUGCACCCCUCCCUGUCACAGGUGCCUCAUCCCAGGGCCCUAUUUAGCCUUGUACUGCAGAGAGCCCCAGAUGGAAUUUCUUUCCCCAAGUAGGUUAAUCUCAUAAGAGCAGACAUUAGGCUGUUAGUGUAGGACCUGCCAAAGAUGGGGUACAUUGACGUUGUGGCAGGCUUAUGCAAUGUAUGAUCAUAUAAUGUAACUAAACCCCAUUAUUUUUGCCUAGAUUAGGUGUUUUAAAAAAAACAAAUAAAAAAUCUUUCAACAUUGAAGUUGCUGUUUAGUGGAUAGGUGAGUGCGCUGGAUCUUGUGUAUUGUACAUUUGGCCCCAGCAGCACCCCCAUUUAUGCAUGUUAAGGUGAGUGCAGCCAACCCCCCUUGUUUUAUAUAUAUUUGGGAGUCUAGCCAACUCCUUGGUUUUGCACCCUCCCUGUCACAGGUGCCUCAUCCCAGGGCCCUAUUUAGCCUUGUACUGCAGAGAGCCCCAGAUGGAAAUUUCCCCAAGUAGGUUAAUCUCAUAAGAGCAGACAUUAGGCUGUUAGUGUAGGACCUGCCAAAGAUGGGGUACAUUGACGUUGUGGCAGGCUUAUGCAAUGUAUGAUCAUAUAAUGUAACAAAACCCCAUUAUUUUUGCCUAGAUUAGGUGUUUAAAAAAAACAAAAAAAAAACAAACAAAUAAAAUCUUUCAACAUUGAAGUUGCUGUUUAGUGGAUAGGUGAGUGCGCUGGAUCUUGUGUAUUGUAUUAUUUGGCCCCCAGCAGCACCCCCAUUUAUGCAUGUUAAGGUGAGUGCAGCCAACCCCCUCUUGUUUUAUAUAUAUUUGGGAGUCUAGCCAACUCCUUGGUUUUGCACCCCUCCCCGUCACAGGUGCCUCAUCCCAGGGCCCUAUUUAGCCUUGUACUGCAGAGAGCCCCAGAUGGAAUUUCUUUCCCCAAGUAGGUUAAUCUCAUAAGAGCAGACAUUAGGCUGUUAGUGUAGGACCUGCCAAAGAUGGGGUACAUUGACGUUGUGGCAGGCUUAUGCACUGCAUGAUCAUAUAAUGUAACAAAAACCCCAUUAUUUUUGCCUAGAUUAGGUGUUUUUAAAAAAACAAAUAAAAUCUUUCAACAUUGAAGUUGCUGUUUAGUGGAUAGGUGAGUGCGCUGGAUCUUGUGUAUUAUAUAUAUAUAUAUAUAUAUAUAUAUAUAUAUAUAUAUAUAUAUAUAUAUAUAUAUAUAUAUAUAUAUAUAUAUAUAUAUUAUAUAUAUAUAUAUAUAUAUAUAAUAUAGACAAAGAUAAGGCAGGUAUAAAAAUCGAAUAUAACACAGUAUUGCACCGCAAUUAUGGCCAAAAAUUAAAAGCAGUGGAAAUAUAUAUAAGUAUAUAUACAAUAUAAAAAUAUCGCCAACAGGAAAAGUCCCAAUAAAAGUCCAUUGUGAAGCAAACGCGUUUCAGCCAUCAAUGGGGCCUUACUCAGUGCUGUGUGCCUGGAGCAACUUCAGGGUUUAAAUAACCCCCUUGAUGUGUCUAAAUCUAUUCAGCUGUGGUUCAAAAAUGCCGCCGAUCAAAUCACUUCCGGUUUUGGCAAAACGCACGUGACUUCCGGUUUGACAUGGUCACGUGUUGUUUCUGCGUUCCACCAGCGCGUGAGGGAGCUGAGCAGACCGCUCAGAGGAAGUGCUCCCUCGCCAGCCGCCCGCCCGCCCAGCGCUGCCCGCCCGCUCGGCAUGUCUGUUAGCUGCAAGGCUAACAAGACAUUUGCCCUGGGCAUUUGGGGGCGGCUUUUUUUGCCGCCCCCUGGAAAAUGCCGCCCAAGGCAAAUGCCUUGUUUGCCUCGCGGCUAAAUGCCCCUGCUGUAGGGUCAGGGCUCGAGUCCUGCAGGUACGUGUGGGAACAGCGUUCCUGAAGUCUUUUUACAGCAGGAACGCCGUUCCCGUUGCUCCUGCAGGCACUAACCAAGGGGAAGCAAAAAAUGCCGCCCCCAAAUGGCCAUCUGAUGGACGCUCCCGGCGGGCUCCUGUCUUCUGGUCAAACGCGGCGAGGGAGCUGUGUUCUCUCUCCUCUGCUCCCCGUGCGCCGUUUGCUGAUGCCGGGAGCCGGAAUAUGAUUUCAUAUUCUGUCUCUCGGCAUCAGUAGACAGCCCAUGCGGCGAGAGAGAACACAGGUCCCUUGCAGCUUCUGACCGGGAGACAGGCGCCCGCCGCACUAAAGCCCCACUGGACCCCAGGGACCUCCUCUCCAAGUAGGGAGGCUGGGUGGACAUUUUAAAAAAUAAUAAUUUGUGUGUUUCUGUGAGUGUGUAUAUGUCUGUGAGUGUGUGUGUGCGCGUGUUUAUAAAUGCAUACAAGUGUAUAUUAUUAUUUUUUGGGGGGGGGAUCUUGGGUGAAUUCUCACACUUUAUUCCCCAGGACUUGAUCCCUGUGCAGCCCCCCCACAGACACACACGCGCAGUCCCCCCACAGACACACACAGAAAAAAAAAGAAUAUAAAAUAGAAAACAUAUAUGUAAAUUUAAGUACAUCUUAAAGGGGAAAAAAAGAAAAUCAGACUUGAGCUAUAAAAUUAGUUACUGUGGUGGGCGGUAAGGAAAUUUUACCAUGAACAAAGAUAAAAAAGUGGGCUAUAGGUAAUAAAAGGUUGACUACCCCUGGUCUAUACACUAAAACUGCUGCACUAAGUGAAAUUUAUUUUGUUGUAUUAAUGUAUUACUUAAAAUAUACAUGGCAUGUAAAAACAUGCCACUGUACUGUAGGUUAUAACAUCUAUCUAUUUUAUAUAUUGUUACCUAAACAGCUAAAAAUGUAUAUGUUCAAUCUUUUAUGUAUUGUGUUCUGUUCAAACUUGUAUACUGUUAGCAUCAAUGUUAACAUUUUCAAUAUGCUGUAAUAAUGAAAUCAAUACAUUUACCUUUGCAAUAUGUGUAGUAGGUGACUACAAGCUAGAUAGGAUUGAAUACAUGUAGUAAAUGGAGAACAGAAUGCCAGGUAAGAUGUGCUUAUGUAUUAGUCUACAUUCUGUGCUAUGUCCUCAUUACAUUCAGCUUGUCAUCUUACCAUUUUAAUUGUAGAUAUAGAAGCAACGUAAACUGUAUUAAAUACACAUACCUUUUGAAUUUCUCUCUGCUAUCCAUUUUAUUUCAGACUUUGAAUUGCAAUGGGUUAAAAGGGAAUUUCCAAGUAGAAAAAUACCUAAGUUAGACAAUGUUUCCAAAUGAUCUAUUUCCAGUUUGUUUUUCACUUCACCAUAAGUCGCUAUUAAGUGAAUAAACCCUGUAGAGUUCUACAUUACUUAAUGAAAAGAGAAGUUGUUCAUUCUCAAUAUGCGUUCUCUCUUUCUAUAUUAAACCUUCUAAUACAGCUUCAAGAACUGCAUGUACAGUUUGUAAUUUUUGUGAUCUCUCCAUUUAUAUAUGUGCCCUUAUGUAUUUUUUUUUAUUGUUUUCCACAGGUCUAUAGAUGGUUUUCUAAAUCCCCGCAAGCGAAAUGCACAUGUCCCACUUUGGAAUUACACCUUGCUCAGGACACAGGUAAAAACUCCCCUUUUUUUUGAAAAAAAACAAACCUUUUCCUGGCUAAUCAUGGCAGCAUCACUUAUGGGUAGCUCCUCCCUUAGCAGUCACAGGGCAGGAAUUAAUUAGAUUAAUUAAUCAGACUGAUAGUAUAAAGAGUCCCUCCUCCCCCUACACCUCAGUCUUUUUUCCUGUCCUUAGCAAGUUCUACAGGACUUUUUAUGUUUGUUUUAUGGCCACCUUCCUGCAUUUGUCGUGGGUUCGUUCCAAAUGAAGUUCAGCCUCUCUUCAUUUGAAGGACCCAGUAAACAGCCUGCAUGAGCAGGACUAACUGGGUCAGGUUCAGUGUAAGUACUGAACUGCAGCGUGGGAAGUAAGUGUUUGAGGCACUGUUUUCUGUUACUGCUGGGGUUGGUUUUCCUUAAAAAUUCCACUUGGUCUCGACCUGCCCCUGCUAAUUGGGGUCUUAAAUCCCCCCCCAUUCCUUCUGGCAGUAUUUGGUCCAUACUUAUGAUGAAGGCACUUUUAUUGUGUACCUUUGUGGCUCUGUUCCUUGCUUUCUGGUCUUCUAUCCGUGGCAGGGGCUGUGCUGGCUGUUCCUUCUCCCUGGGGCUCCAUGUGAGUUCGGGCUUUGAGGGGCUGGAAUGCAUUAUGCGUUCCAGUCAACAGUCUGAUGCUUGUGACCGGAUCCGGCGAAACCGGAAGUGAUUUGCAUGCCGGUCGCGAGCGUUUGGAACGCAUAGCAUGCGUUCCAGCGCUCUGCGCAUGCGCGGACAGGGCGAUCAGCUGUUCGCUGCCCGGACCUAUUUAAAGCCUCUGAUUCAGCUGCCUUAGCGCUGUAUCUGCUGUUCUUAUAUUGGUUUUCCCUGGGAAAGUUUUGGUUUCCAGUUUGGGUUCCAGCUGCUUCUCUCUGCUACCUGGCUGCAUGGUGGAAGUUCUGCUGUUUAAGGUAGGAUUGCUGUUUUUACUGCUGAUUGGAAGUUUGCCUUUUGUCAGCUUGCCUCUUUUAUCCCUUUGGGAAAUUAGGUCUUGAAUAUUCCUUUGGUUCUUCUUUAUAGUAUGGAUUCUCCCUCUGCCUCUGCAAGAUCCCUCUCUAGAAAAUAUAGGUGAGCCAUUUAUAAUUUUUAUUGGGGGAGGGGGGGUUGUUAAAAGAGUGCCAUACUGAGCCUGUAAUAUAUGUAAUAUAUGGCUUUAUUCCAGCCCCAGCGUUCAUUUGGAUUCUCCAGCAAGAAAAUCACGGGAAAAGUCAAAUAAAUGCAUUAAUUGUUCAUCGCCUGCUUCGAAUGGAAGGAACCAUUGCAGGGAAUGCUUGUUGGAAGUCGCAGACACCCCCAGUAGGGGUUCCCCACAGGACGACCUUAAGCUCUGGAUUUCCCAGGCUAUUGCUGAGGGCUUUAAGGCUACCACGGGACCUAGUGGUCUGAGUAAGAGACGCAGAGCGGAACCUCAGUCUUCCAGCUCUGAUGAGGACCCUGAUGUGUGGGAGGUCUCGGAUGAAGGUGAGGAGGAAGCUGAAUAUGCCUCCAGGUCUCUUGACUCCAGGUCUGUUGAAAGACUUAUUACCCUUCUUAAAGACACCCUUAGUCUCACUGAAGAAAGAUCUGAAUUGAAAGAGGCUGACAGGUUCUUUGAGAACCUAAAGCCUAACAGACCUACUUUCCCGGUGCAUGCAUCAAUCAGGGAUAUGAUCCUUCAGGAAUGGAAUAAGCCAGAAAAGAAGUCCACCUUAAAAAAUAAGUUCACAAGGGUUUAUCCGUACUCUACAGUGGACUGCUGCCUGUGGAACUCAGUUCCUAAAAUUGACGCUGCAGUGAUCCAUAUGGCUAAGAAAACUACGCUGCCUAUUGACUCCAUGGCAAAUCUCAGGGAGCCUAUGGAGAAACGUAUGGAUGGAGAUCUGAUUAAAGCCUACUUGGCCCUAGGGUCCGCCCUUCAUCCGGCAGUGGCACUGACUACUCUCUCCAGAGCCUUGAAAGUGUGGCUCGCUAGUCUGAAGGAAGAAAUUGAUCGGGGUGUCCGUAGGGAACAUCUGUUGGAGAGCCUCAAGGACUUUAGCCUGGCCACGGAAUUCUGUUCAGAAGCCUCCCUGGACAUCACUCGCAUGAUUGCCAAGAGUAUGGCCCUGUCUGUGGCUUCUAGAAGGGCCUUGUGGCUUAAUCGUGGGGUGCUGUCUAUGCUUCAAAGGCUUGCCUGUGUGGCCUUCUGUUCCAAGUGGAUCUCCUUUUUGGGAAAAUCCUGGAAAAUGCUAUUCGAAAAGGCGUUUUUACCUCAAGUUGGCAGGAAGAGUUUUCCCCCCUCCUGGAAGACCAAGCGCUUCAAGGAUAGGUCCUUUCGGGACAGCAGGAGCUAUAAACCUGGAAGGGAAUUUUCCAUGAAUUCUUCAUGGAAAUCCUUUUUGCACUCUUCUUCCAAUAAGGCUUCCAGAGGAAGGGGUGCUAGGAUCUCGGGGAAGAACUUCUGAAGGUCUCCAGGCCCGUUCGGGGAUGGUGGGAGGAAGACUGAAGUUCUUCUACCCCGUGUGGGCCAGCAAUAUUUUGGACCUAUGGGUCACUUCCAUCAUAAAGGAAGGUUACAAAAUAGAAUUUUCAUCUUACCCGAAAACCGCAUUCUUCAAAAAAUCAAGGGUCUCGGUAAGCAUCAAACAAAGGGCCAUGAGGUCCUGCAUUUCUGCACUCCUGGAGCAGAAAGUGGUGGAAGAAGUUCCAAGAUGAGAAAGGUUCCGGGGGAUUUACUCCACAGUGUUCUUGGCCCCAAAACCACAGGGAAAGUGGCGUCUCAUCUUGAACUUGAAAGGCGUAAACUCCAUGUUCGAUAUAAGGACGUUCAAAAUAGAAUCCUUGAGGACCAUCUUCAAGUGUGUCAAAAGAGGAGACUGGAUGACCUCAAUAGACUUGAGGGACGCCUACUAUCAUAUCCCAAUACAUAAAGAUCAUAUACAGUUUCUCAGGUUUUGGGCGCUAAGAAGGCACUUUCAGUUCCGGGGACUACCGUUUGGCCUCAGCCAGGCGCCAAGAACGUUCUCAAAAGUUCUGGUCACUUCAAUAGCCUUUAUAAGGGAGAAAGGUAUCGAGAUCUUCCAUUACUUGGACAACAUCCUUAUUUUAGGUUCAUCUCAAAGGAUUGUAGCUCAGCAUACGUCGGUGGCAAUGUCCAUUCUCCAAGACCAUGGUUGGCUUCUGAACGUAGAGAAGAGCUCCCUCGUCCCUGCACAAUCUAUCAUUUUCCUGGGUGCAGUGGUGAUCACCGUGUCUGCCCAUGUGUUCCUGUCUCCAGAAAGGGUAACAAAUAUCAGAGACAAAGUACGGGAGCUACAAGAUCUCAAAUCUGCAUCGGCAAGAGAAGUCAUGAGUCUCCUGGGUUCCUUGACAUCAACAAUAGGGUUGGUGAAGUGGGCCCAGUGGAAGUUCUGUCCGGUCCAGGAUUGCUUCCAGUUCGACAGGGUGACAACAGAUUGGGAGCAGAGGAUCUCUCUUCCCCUGCCCGUAAGGAAGGGGUUAAACUGCGGUGGAAAAGCGAGAGGAAUCUGACAACAGGCUUCCCGUUGGAAGAACCCCCUUGGAAGGUUAUUACGACAGAUGCCAGUUCUUUUGGAUGGGGUGCCCACUUCAGUUCUGUAUGGACUCAAGGGAAGUGGACCCGAGAAGAGAGUCGCUUACACUCAAAUUUAAGGGAACUGAGAGCGGUUUCCAAGGCCAUAUUGAGAUUCCUGCCAAGGAUCAUAAAUUCUUGGGUUCUAAUCAAAACAGACAACCGAGCGGUGGCCUCAUAUGUGAACAACCAAGGUGGCACGAGAAGCAGGUUGCUCCUGGAAGAGCUAGCUCCCGUAAUGACAAUAGCCAUGACCUAUCUUCAAGGUCUGAAGGCAAUCUAUCUUCCAGGUUCGGAGAACGUGACGGCAGACUUCCUCAGCAGGAAGGAAAUUCUUCCGGGAGAAUGGCAACUUCACCCGGCGAUCUUUGCAGAAAUUGCCCAUCGUGGGGCAUGCCCCAGAUCGACCUGAUGGCAUCCUCUCAGAAUAACAUCCACCCAGACUGUCAGGCACUGGGCCAGGAUGCUCUCUCUCUUCCUUGGUCAUUCGAUCUGGGGUAUGCUUUCCCUCCCCUACCCAUGAUACCCAGGUUCCUCCAGAAGGUUUGGUCGGAAGGCAAGAAAGUUAUUGCCAUAAUUCCAAUUUGGCCUCGGAGGCUGUGGUUUCCCCUAUUGACUAUGAUGAGCCAAGAACAGCCUUGGCCUCUCCCGGUGAUGGAGGAUCUGCUCACACAGGGCCCAGUAUUCCAUCCUCAUCUGGAACGCCUCAAAUUGGGGGUAUGGGUCUUGGAAAAGAAAGGCUUUAACUGCUAGGUCUCUCAGAUGCAGUGGUCAAUACCCUUCUGCUCUCUAGGAAAGCUUCUACUUCCUCAUGCUACCAUAGGAUCUGGGAUGUGUUCCGGGCAUGGGCUUCGUCCAACAAGGGGGCCUGGAUAAGGGCCUUAGCCUCAGCACUCUGAAAGGUCAGUCUUCGGCGCUUUCAGCUUUGUGCAACAUCUCAUGGACUUCGGAUCCUUUGAUCUCCAGGUUCUUCAAAGCGGCCUUCGGGUUGAGGCCUCCUUCCAGAUCUACUACCCCUCCUUGGGACCUUCCUCUGGUGCUCAAUUAUCUCACUGAGGAUCUGUUUGUUCCUCUUGAAAGUUUGGAUGCUACUCUCCUGACGUAUAAAACUUUGUUUUUGGUGGCAAUUACUUCCGCAAGACGUAUUUCAGAGAUUAAGGCAUUUUCUACACCAUCUUCUUGUCUACUUGAUUCUAUUAGGAUAGGGUGUGUCUGAAACCAAAACCUGAGUUUCUUCCUAAGGUGGUUUCCCAGUUUCAUCUCUCUCAAGAAGUGGUUCUCCCAUCAUUUUACCCCAACCCCUCUUCUCAGGAGGAGGUUAGAUGGCAACGUUUGGAUGUCAUGAACUGCCUGUCUGCGUACCUUAAGCGUUCUGAGUCUUUCCGUAAAACUGACCAACUCUUCGUUUUGCCGUUGGGAGCAAGGAGAGGUGAGGCGGCUUCUUUAUCUACGUUGAAAUGUUGGAUUUCUCUGGUGAUUAGGAAGGCAUAUAUCUCUAACGGUCAAUCACCCCCACGGGAGAUAAGAACUCAUUCUACUAGAGCAUUAUCUACUUCAUGGGCUAAUUGGGCAGAGGUUCCAUACGAUGAUAUUUGCAGAGCAGCCACCUGGUCUUCUCCGAUGACGUUCAUGAAGCACUACAUACUAGAUGUGGAUUCUCCUUCCACCUCCUUUGGAAAGAGUGUCCUGUCUACGGUUUCUUUAUCCCGUUGAUAUUAAACUUUUCUUUGCUGCAUGUGAUUCAGUUUUGUGUAAUUUCUUGGAUUAUUAUUCCCACCCUAUAUUUCUGUUAAGCUUGGGUAUUACCCAUAAGUGAUGCUGCCAUGAUUAGCCAGGAAUAGAGAAAAUUUUAUGACAAGCUUACCAUAAUUUUUCUUUUCCUGGCUAUUUCUCAUGACAGUAUCAGGGUUCCCGCCUGUUCUUUUAUUUCAGCUUUAUAAUUGGACUGAGGUGUAGGGGGAGGAGGGACUCUUUAUACCAUCAGUCUGAUUAAUUAAUCUAAUUAAUUCCUGUCCUGUGACUGCUAAGGGAGGAGCUACCCAUAAGUGAUGCUGCCAUGAGAAAUAGCCAGGAAAAGAAAAUUACUGUAAGUUUGUCAUAAAUUUUCUCUAUUUCUGAAUAAUUGGCAUUUCAAACCACUUCCUUAUUUAUAUUUUUUUAAAUUUAUUUUGUAUUCUUUCAGAUUUUUAUUGUGUACUUUAUUGCUGGUAUCAAGAAGCUGGAUGCUGAUUGGGUUGAAGGUUAUUCAAUGGGGUCUCUGUCUCGACAUUGGCUGUUCGACCCUUUCAAGUAAGUCACAUUAAAAUGGUUUUUGUUUAUUUAUAUAUAUACAUAUAUUUAUUUUUUUUGUGCGUUUUAAACUGUGUGCUUGUUGUAAGUGAACAAUUACAAAUCUAAAGACUCGUUGUAAGUGAACAAUUCCAAUGUAUUAAAUAGUAUCCCUAUUUAUAACCCUUGGAAUAACACAAAGUAUAACUGUACAGUGCUUUUUCAGGAAUGUGAGAUUGCACGUAACAAUAGGUAUCUUUCUAUCUAUUUUACAGAUUUUAUAAAAUUUAGUAAUGUCAUACUGUCCCGGGAAAAACAGUUGAUUUACACAAGCUUACUAUGAAAAUUAUAUUCAUGUCCAUGUGCAAUUAUUCUGUUAAGUUAUAAAAUUGUUUACAUCUGUAUUUUUUUUUCAGGUUUUCUGGCGAUUUAAUGUUUUGGGGUAGUUCUUGUUUGAAAUAUUAUAAUGCAAUAGCAGUCACAGUUCUCUUCCCUGAAAAUACAGUGACACAGAAGACACCGUAGAGUGGUUAAUUUAUGAUAGCAUAAAACUCAAAUAAUGUUUAUUGAUAGAUGUCCUUUAUUAUUACAGAGAGCAUUGAGUUUGAACAUGGAUCCUUUGUUGAAAGUCUAGACGGAAAAUGUUUCAGAAUUGUAGAUUAUGCUAACGUAGUGUACCUAUAAUCUUAAUUUUAGUAAUGACAGAAGGCGAAUAUUUGCAUAACUCUCUUUACUGAAACUCCCAGCAGCACAGAUCAUAAGAGAACAACCAAUCAAAAAACACUUCAAUGUUAUACAAAAGGACCUGUCACACACAUCAUUUCCUCUUUCUUUGUAGCGAACUAAUAAAGGUAAGGUUAAAAUGUCAGAAAAGUCCAAACAUCAAACAAACACAAUCAAACAUAAUUUAGAUAAACUAAUCAAAACUAUAGCCGUGGAAACGUCCAUAACAGCCGUGGAUUGCAGAAUAGAUGUAGAAAGCACCGAUCAUACUGAAAAGAAACAGAAAGAAGUGAAAGGCAUCUGAAGUGACAUUUUGUCUAACAUACUAUAACUGUCUAUCUACUACUUAAGUUAGAUGUAAAUUAAAUAUAACAGUCAUGCCUAGCCGGUAGAAACAACUAUAACAAUCUAUCUAGCUACUAGAAGAAGAUAACACUAUACAAUACAUAUAAUAGCACCAUAUAUGAUCAUAGAAUAUCCUAAUAUCAUAGAAAAUAAAUUACAGAAAUAUUGAAUUAUAGAAAUCCCAGGGUGGGGAGAGACAAUAGGGUGGGGUAUAUUCGCCUCCUGUCAUUACUAAAAGUAAGAUUAUAGGUACACUACGUUAGCAUAAUCUACAAUUUUAUCACAUGACAGGAGGCUUCAUAUUUGCAGUUUUAACGCUGAGAAUUUAGAAAAGUGAAAUAAGCGUGACAGGGACUGUCUGUUAUAAAACACAUGGAGAGUAGUUUCUUGUGACCAGUCCGCACAUUGCUUGAUAUUGGUUAAUGAUGCGCAAGCUAACAAGCUCGUGACGCCGCAGCUCCGUGAUCUGAGAGUGCACUGAAGCAGGAAUCUAUUCCAGCCAAGGAAUACCCCGGGAGGUAUUCUGCCAGUAGUGUGAUCUUGCGGGCGAGGCAAAAUUUGUAUAUGUCUUCUGCCGCCUCCAUCAAGGAUCGGGAUCUGGCUCUGCCCAGUCCGUUGGACCGUUGAAAAUUGUCCAUGCAGAGCAGGGUGACACAGUCGGAAAGUCCCUUCCGGUGUUGGUCCAAAUCUAGCCGGCCAUUCCAUGCUUGCAUGUGGAGUAGCCACCAACGAAGUUCUGGCCGCAUCUCUCCCGAUAGGGGUAUCCAAUGGUCGUAUGAGUGACCCACAUGCAAAUGUUUUGCCUUCAGUCGUAGCAGACCUUUGUAGUGCAGAGACCCCGGUAAUAUCACCUGGGUCAAGGAGGAAGAGGGCCCACUAUCCAGGCGAUGAAUCGCAGAGGAGCCGGAUCCGUGCGUAAGAUCCGUCGAAUCUCCUUUCGGAUGGAUGCAAUCUUUGUGGCAGAUGGUCAGAGGACUCAAUCUCUUGAGUCUAUCUCGAAACCGAAAGACUGUAUGACCAGUGAAUGACUUUUGUCUGGUCACCACGAAGCCCAAAGACUCCAGAAAGUGAACGACAAAGUACAUCUGUGAGUGCAGUCUGGAUUCUGCAUCGCAGAAGAUCAGCAGGUCGUCCAGGUAGACAAGGCAACAGAUGCCCAUAUUGGAAAUGGGCCAUGACAAGCUUCAGUAGCUUCGUGAGGCACCAUGAACCAAACUGAGGCCGAAAGGCAGGCACGUAAAUUGACAUGACCGACGACCCCAUACGAACCUAGAAAGCAAUGACUCGUAGACGCCACAGGUGCCAAACGAUACGCGUCCUUGAGAUUGAGAUGAGAGAGCCAAUCAAUGACCGGCAGGAGAUCCCAGAGUAGAUGUAUACGUUCCAUUAUGAAAUGUCGAUAGACGACAUAGUCAUUGAGCCAGCGGUGGUUGAUGACUGGCCGAAAGACUCCCGAGUUUUUCGGACCAGGAAGAUGUUGCCGUAGAAGCCCCAAUUGUCCAGGGCGAAUUGUGCCACGCCUUUGGCGACUAGAGAGCGAAUCUCUUUGUCUAUGAGGAGUCAAUGGUCUCUUGAAACAUGCAACAGAGGUGGUCAGGUGGUUUGUAUGGGUUGGGAGUAGAACUCGAUGGUAUAGCCCUAAAUAGUCUGCAGGAUCCAAGCAUCUGCCGUGAUCUCCAAUCAGUUCUUUAGGAAAGAAGGCGGGCGAUUGUGAAAAGGGUCUGGGUCCAGUGGACCAAAAUCGGCUAGUGGCUCGGCCCCUUUGCCAACCAACCCUCCCAAAAACACCCCUGCCAGGUGGUGGUCUGAAGCCGUGCUUGAGUGAAGGUUGGGCUUUGGUCAGCGUCGUGAACAGGUUGACCUGUCGCUUAAACUCUGCUAUAAAAGGCUCACCGAGUAGGAGGAGUCACUUUGCCAAGGGUCCCAGUUCUUUGGAGCCCAAUUCCAAGAGUUUUGAGUCCAUCCUCAACAGUGCUGUCUCGCAUCUCACUGUACAGAUGGUCGCAUUGGCGUUACCCAUCAGGCAGAGCGAUGGGCCCAUCCUCGGAAGUCAUUUGGGUCCAACUGGGUGCGCUGUGAGAGGGCCAGAUCCACAAAGAAUAGGAUGGGUCUAGUAGCUCCAACGGCUUGACUUGAGCACCUUCUCGAUGCCCUUCCUGGGGUCUCUGCCAACCUGGGACAUGAAAACCACUUCUGUAGUGUCAAAUACCAGAGUGAUAGCCACCUUUUUUGGGAGGGGGCGGGGGCAUUCCGUUUGUAGCUGUGCAUUAUUGCAGGUCCAAUAAUGGACGAAUUGUGCCAGAUGGUCUGGCAUUGUCCAUACCGACAACCUGGUGUGUUGUAUAGUGCGUGGAUCGAACAUGGGUACCCACAUUUUGUCCAGAAAAAUCCCCCUCCGGUGGUCUUGGGCGGAGGGGUGCAGGUACCCUUUUCCUGAUAUUCGUCAACUAGCAUGGUUUCAAUCCCGUACUUGGAGUCGGAGUGGGUUAGGUUUUGCCAGUCCACUCUUUCAAAAUGCUUGCCCCUAGACUUGCUCCCCUAGACUUGCUCUGGGACCUGGAACCCAUCCCGUGACGUUUGGGCCCUGUCUGGCUCAGUGGACUGUCAGAUACCAGUGCGGCAUCAGUCUUGUGGCGCCAUUUGCUGAGGUUUAGGCAGGACCCGUAGUAGGGCCUUUUAAACUGAGGCCGCAACAGCGGCAUUAAUCAUUGCCUGAAAGUCCGGUGUUGGUGAAGGUGUGUCGCUCAUGGUGGUCGGUCUGCCUGUAAGAGGACAGCGACCAUCAGUGGGAGCAAGAUAAAUGGAGAGGCACGUAAGCCCUCCUAGCCUGGGGCUCACCCAGGGAUCAGAUUCACGGUAUAGCCAUCUACAAUGAAAGUGCCAUGAAGAGGGGCUCACCCUCUAGGUGUACGAAAGGGGGUUUCUCUUAAUUGAAUGGGAGAAGUGGUAGUCUCAGAAUUAUGGGGUUGAUCACCAGCUUAAUUCCCCAUCCGGGGUGAUAUUGAGGGGUUAACCUCGUAAUUGUUGCCAAGGUGACGUAUCUUCGAGGGGUUCACCCCAGUUACAAGUCAAAGCUGUACCUCCCUGGUCCGCAAUAAAACAGGUGUACACCACAUGUGUGAUAGUUCUGCAUGGUGUGAUUAUGUAUCUCCAGACAACAUAAAGGAUGUGGGAGAUCCCUGUAGGGCAUGUGCAGAACACCUGUGAGCCCCCAAAUAUCCUCACCCCAGGUGGUGUGCCAUGAGAGCACCCACGUAUGGCAAAUAAUGUAAUCAAAAAGGCAUAUUCUAUAUGGCUGUUAAGCCCAACAUGGUCCCACAUAGCUACACCUCAGUGUAUGUCAAUUUCUGUUGUGUCAGCAAACAGCAUGUAAAAGCCCAGCACGUAUUGAAUAACUUGUAGUAGGUACUUUAACUGUGGGUGAGAAAUCAGCACUGCAGUCACGAGUGGGAUGGCACAGUGUAUAUGGCUGUGAAGCUCCAUAAAUUUCCACAUAGCAAUUACACCUCAGUGUAUGUCAGUCUGUUGUCCACAAACGGCAUGUAUCAGCCCAGCAUGUAUGUGUAUUCACUUGUAGUAGGUACCUUUAACUGUGGAUGAGAAAUCAACACUGCAGUCUCCAGUGGUGAGUGUGGAGCCUCAGAUACAGGUUGAAGGUAAGAUAUUUAGUCCAUAUUGCAGUAAUACCAAACUGGAAGGAAAAAAGAAAUGGCCAACGUUAAUCCCGCGGCACUCGCGCAUGCAACGAUUGGUGUGACCAGCGGUUUUGCGGCCCCGCCGCUCGCAGAAGAAUCACGCUGAGCACCCUCCGCUAGCCCCAAAGAAAUAUAAACAGGCUGAAAAGAGCACGAUGGGCGCGAUCAGCAUGAGGGGCAAGGGCCAGGACAGUCCCAGGCUCCAGGAGAGAAGGAGUAGGCCUCAAAGAGUGUUCUGAAAAGCAGGUAAAAAGGGGAAACAAGUAUUAGCAGAACGGUAGUGGGGACAAGCUAACAAGAACAGCAGGGUAAAUACCUAUAUAAUACAAAUAUAGCAACCUUUGUUUAAAGUGAAAUAACACACAAUGAGAGAAUACAAACUAUAAAUCAGUUUACCUAGUAAAACAAUCUUCAAAAUGUAGAAAGAUAUAUCCGCUAAUAAAGCAAUCUUAAAUACCAGUGAUUCAUUACCCAGAAUACAGAAUAAAUCUGACAAGUAACCGUAAACAGUCACAAGGACAAAAUACUCUAACCUGUGCGUGGCUGGAGCAGCAAAGAAAGAGGAAGUGAUGUGUGACAGGUCCUUUUGUAUAACAUUGAAGUGUUUUUUGAUUGGUUGUUCUCUUAUGAUCUGUGCUGUUCUGUUUCAGUAAAGAGAGUUAUGCAAAUAUGAAGCCUCCUGUCAUGUGAUAAAAUUUCUGCUAUCAUCUGUGAGUUAAUGCCAUCACUAGGUGGUGCUGUUUGCUUACUUCUGACAUUGCACAGGCUGCCCAGCUCCUGCAGUUUCUCUCUUAGACAUAUUCUUCUGUAGCUUUCAGUAUACAGUAUCAGACUUUCCAGAACACAGGAACCUUAACCUUCUGAUAUUGAUGCAGAGUAGCCUAGAAUUCUCAGCCUUAAAGGACCACUCUAGGCACCCAGACCACUUCAGCUUAAUGAAGUGGUCUGGGUGCCAGGUCCAGCUAGGGUUAACCCAUUUUUUUAAAUAAACAUAGCAGUUUCAGAGAAACUGCUAUGUUUAUAAAUUGGUUAAUCCAGCCCUCAAAUCCGCUAGAGGCGCUUGCGUGAUUCUCACUGUGAAAAUCACAGUGAGAACACGCAAGCGUCCAUAGGAAAGCAUUGUAAAUGCUUUCCUAUGAGACUGGCUGAAUGCGCGCGCAUUCAGCCGAAAGGGAGGAGAGGAGGAGGAUCGGAGGUGGAGAGCUCCCUGCCCGGCGCUGGAGAAAGGUAAGUUUUAACCCCUUUCCUCUCCCCAGAGCCCGGUGGGGGCACCCUAAGGGCACUAUAGUGCCAGGAAAACGAGUAUGUUUUUCUGGCACUAUAGUGGUCCUUUAAAUAUACAAAGUAAAGUCUUUACAAGGAACAGUAGUGUAAAUGUGUUCCAUGGAAAAACAAAAUAAGACAGUUUUGAAUAUUCCCUUAUUUACAAUGUGUAGACUUGUAGUGGUGAGCUCUGGCAGUCCAGAGGUUGGAACACCUGGGGUAUGGUUGCCUUGUCUUGUUGAAGUGAGGGCCUGGCCACGCUAAACCUGCAGCUCUGGUGGAACAACACAGACUCUGCAGCUCGGUGUUCCAUGCAUAAAAGUGAAGCAGAGUGUAGUGCAUGUCUCUCCAUUGUAGAAUGGCAGAGCAGAGUUGUGAGAUGUACUGUCAGAAAGUAACAUUUCCCUAUAUUUCUGCUACAGACUGAUCAUGUCAGAGGAGAUGACCAGCCUUGUCAUUGUGCACUGGGGAGGCCUUAUUCUGGACCUGACAGCCGGUUAUCUGCUCUUCUUUGAUGUCACUCGCCCCGCAGCCUUGUUUUUUGUCUCUUAUUUCCACUGCAUGAACUCACAGCUCUUCAGUAUUGGUGAGAGAUAAAUGCAUUUAGCCUCCAGCAAUGUUUACACCUACUUCCCUCCUUAUUAGUAAACUUAGCAGUCUAUUCUCCAGGCUUUUGCACUGCACAUGGAUACUUUAACCAUUAAUGCUUUCCACUGCAAAUGAAAACACCACCCAUGUCAUUAUACUGCACAUGUAGUAUAAUGACAUGAACAUCCACGAGGGAGAAGAAACCAUUCACUGUACAUGUAACUCCCAUUCCAUACAACAUAAAACAGGAUAAGCUAUUGUUUGCUCUUACGAAACACACUGCUCUUCCAGAUAGUUAUACUUUCCAAUCUUUUAAAUUGUUUUCCUAUAUUGAUAUUUAGAUCUUAGUUCUGCCUCCUUUCAGUCUGUAGGAAGUCCCUGUCCAAAACAUUACACAUUUCCACACCCGCAUAUUAUUGUGUUAUUUUCUCAUUGUAUUUGUUCAUACUUCUGCCCCUCCCAACUGUGGGCCCACUUCCAAUGUUAUUGUUCAAUGUCUUCUGUAAGCUGUUUUUACUACCAGCUGGUAGAUAUUUGCAUCCAUAAAAUACUGACAGGUUUCCAACAUCCAGGACCAUGAAAAAGUCUACCCCUGCAGAUUUUAUGCAUGUCUUGGCAUCCAUCUAUGUUGUCACAUUAGAAAACUUAACUGGACAAAAAUAAAAGCUACGUUCUGUAUAUGCACACUUCAACGGUAAUAGGCUUGAGUAGGACAGAGAUAGAAACGUUGUACUAAGCUAAAUAUAUAGAGGUGUGAUGAGUCUCUGCAUCCAAGUUGUUGCCCUAACUUGUGAGGUUAAGUUUGUAAUGUAAAUUAUUAGUUUAAAUGGCAACGUGAAUUUAAAUAUUUAUUUCCUUUUUUUUUUUUUUUGUAUGGCACCAACUCACUUAAAAGCUCUCAUUUCCUAUUAUUUUCUGUGGGAGAAUAAACUUUUCAGCUGGGAAUUACUACUACCACUACUCACUAACUUUUGUGACAUUUGUGUCCAUAUCUUUUGGAGUGUGUUUCCUGUGUGUAUAAUAUCAGGUCCCUCUGGUUAAACUUUUGUCCUUUGUGCUCUAGGCAUGUUCUCUUACACCAUGUUGGCCACAAGCCCGUUGUUUUGCUAUCCUGACUGGCCUCGUCGACUUGUGGCUAAGUCAUCGUCCUGCCUGCACUGGCUUCUGCCCGCCACACAGCCCCCACAGGAGAGUGCGGCCUGUGUGUACCCAGGACGCAAAGGCAAAUCACAAUCCAGAUUGCGCCAUAAAAUAGGAGCGGCCUUCACUGUGCUCUACAUAAUAGAACAGCUGUUCUUGCCGUAUUCACAUUUUAUUACACAGGUACAAAUGAUUUUUGUUUUCCAAAAUGGGUCAGUCUAGUUUUGUUUUUUGCUCAGGAAAGGAGGGUCUGAUUCUGACAUUACAGUAGAAUAUUCAAACAUGGUAUCCUCAUUUCUAACAUAUAGACACUUGUAUUAUGACUGAGCUAUAGAUUCUAGGUGCGGCCAUUGCUACAAAGGCUAAUUUCUAUACUGUUUCUUUUAUUCUGCCUUGUUCAAUUGCAUCAUUCUUGUAUUCGCCCCAUGCAUUAGAAGUUAUCUUCCAUUUAAGGGGCUUGAUUGUCAUCUAUUUUUGUGUGAACUGAAUAGUUUUGUCUUUUUUUUCUCAGGGUUACAAUAACUGGACAAAUGGCUUGUAUGGUUACUCGUGGGAUAUGAUGGUUCACUCCCGAUCACACCAACAUGUAAAAAUAACCUAUAAAGAUGGAAUAACCGGGGAAAUUGGGUAUCUUAAUCCUGGGGUAAGUCUCCCUGCAUGCAAAGCUCACACAAUAUCUGCGCCUACAGUCCUGAAAAAUAUGAGACGGAACGCCAGACUUUUCAGGGAAUCUUUAGAUUAAUAUUUUGGAGCCGGUUUAUAUUGGCUUGAGCAAAUGCGAGUGCAGUGACUGUGAAAUUCAGAGUGUGAUGUAACCCACUUCUUUCAAAAACACUGAGCAGUGUUAUUAUAUAUUUUAUGUUGUUGUUAUUUUUUAGAUCUCCGAUGAUUAGGAGGGUAACUUUGUUUGCAUUCAGAGUGCACUUUCACUUUUGUUUUAGUGUGAUUUGUAGAAAUUCUAUGCUUGCAGCCUUGUUUUCAAUCUCAUAAUAUCUAGUUUCUGCUAAUGUAAGUUGUCAACCCUCAUUUCAUCCUCUUCUAGUUCAUCCUUUCUGGGUGACCUUGAAUUUCCUUUCAUGCAUGUUUUGACAUGUUACACUGUGUAUUCUUUAUUCCAAGCCUCCAAGAAUUGUUGACGGUGCAUUAUCGAUCUAUUAAUUAAGCGAUUUGUAUUUUUGAAUUGAGGCAAAAACUAAUUAAAAAAAGGUGUGCUAGAUUAUUACUGUUACAUCUUUCAUUGUUCUCCCUGGGAAAAACAUUAACCUGAGAGUGUAUGGCCGAGGUUUUGUUUACAGUUAGAAAGCACAAGCAGAACCAGGUAAUUGUCUGCUGCCACUGUGUCCUCUCUUUCACCAUGUGACUUUCAUCUACACCCUGUAUUCCUACCAGGUGUUUACCCAGACACGACGCUGGAAGGACCACGCAGAUAUGUUGAAGCAGUAUGCCGUGUGUCUUCAUGGUCUUUUGGGGGCAUAUAACAUUUCUGAGCCUGAGAUCUACUUUGACGUGUGGGUUUCAAUCAAUGACAGGUUCCAGCAGAGGUAAGCAAUAGUUGAUUUGCAUGACAGGGUGAGUGUAAGAUCUAUCAUUUUUGCAGUUAAAUAAUUGCCACACUACGUAGUAUUAAAACUAAUAUUCAGUCACUUCUGAAAUUGCGACAUAUAUUUCUGCUAUGUAGAUAAUAUCCAAUAAAUAUUUGCUAUAAUGUAGCUUGUGAUUGUGGUUAGUUAAAUAAAAUGUCCUUGCGUUCCACAUAUUUGCUUCUACACAAUGACUGAACAAUGCUUGCACAAAUUUGUACCCGCUUUUAGGCUGUUUGACCCCACUGUGGACAUUGUGAAAGCUGAUUGGUCACCAUUCCGUAGAACACCUUGGCUGAAACCCCUUCUGGUUGACCUUUCACCUUGGAGGGCAAAGUUCCAGGAGGUGGAGGACUCUCUGGACAAUCAGACAGAUGUGGUCUUCAUUGCGGAUUUCCCAGGUAUGAAAUUAUAUCCUCUAUGAUAACAACAUGUUUAGUUAAAGGGACACUGCGCUGUCCAAAUACAAAAUAAAUAAAACUCACUGUUUGUAGACCAACCCAAAUGCCAACAUGCAUUUAUUUCCUUCUUUUUAUUUUUUUAUUGAGUAAUAGUUAAAACUGCUUGCAAAACCUGCAGUACUCUUAACUGAAGCCUUUGCAAGCCCUGCCCUACUACCUCAGCCCAGACUUUCUGUGGCUGUCCAAUCACAGACUUCCCAAUGGAGCUCAGUGAGAAGUCUUUGCCACACAUAAUUCCUGUUUUUCUUAUGCAUUCACUGUUACACUCACCUUUGUCUAUGGCAGUAAGGGAGAGAAAUUAAUCCAAUAUCUAGUUCCUGCUGUCUACUCUGUAGAAUUGAGAGAGCUGGAUAACUGCGUACUAUUCAGCUCAGCCUUCUCUCCCACUCUCAGUCAGGGUGCUCUCUUUAGACAGGCAGCAUGUGCUGGGAGAUAAUCUCACAUCCAAACACCCACUACUAGCUCACAAUAUGAGCAUACUCCUGGGGAUGCUGGACAUUCAGCAAUUAGCACUCUGCCCAAAACGUGUCUCACUUGCCAGUCUCUUCAUCAACUAGGAGACUUAUUAAAGACCAUGGUGACACUUGAAAUGGAGCUGCAAUUCAGGACUAGCAACUAGGUGUAGCCAGGUAUGACCUGGUAAAGGUAAAUGGAAACCAGACUACAUAUUUUACAAACCAUAGAAGGACCAGACAUGUAGGUGAAAUCUCAGCCACUUACCUGUCAUGUAUCGCAUGGGGAUUUUCAGCAAAUAUUAGUUAUUCAGAGAAGCGUGUAUAUGAUUUCUCAGCCACAAAGCCACAUCUACUAUUGGCCUCUGGUGUUGUAUAACAAAAAACGAAGACACACGUGUAAAUGUUUUUUUUUCUUUUUUUUUUUUCUGUUUUUCUUUUUUUGUUCCUAUCAGGCCUGUACCUAGAGAAUUUUGUUAGUGAAGACUUGGGCAACACCAGCAUACAGGUUCUCCAAGGAGAGGUCAAUGUGGAGAUUGUGAAGGAUGCAAAAAACUUUACACUGAAAGAAGGAGAGCGAAUGCAGGUAGCAUACAGCCUGAGUGCAAAAUGAGUCAAGAGAGAACAACUCGCAUAGUCAUUCUUCUGUCAUUCUCCCUUUUUGGGUACCUCAUACACAACUGCAUAGUAUGCAAUUCAGUAAUUCUCAUAUCCAUUAACCAAUCAAAGCCAGGAGUGAAUACUUUCCAACAUUUGGCCCUAACAUUCUAUCAUCCACAGACAGUACUAAAGCAUGCCAAACCAUAGCCUGACGUAAUUUGUUUUUUAAAAAAAGUCCCUGAACGUUCUCUUCAUGGACCUAUUUUGAAAGGCAGUCAGUUGUUUGACAUGGGCACCAAAUCUUGACUUUUCCUAUAGUAGCUGCAUGAGGGGAAAAAAGUAUGCACUAUUGGGGCUAAACACACGCUAUUAGAGCUGCCUAAUUUAGAAAACCAUUUGUGAAAUUGUGUAUAGUUUUAGAAUUCGUUAGAUCUUUUCCGAUUAUAUCCCCUCAUUAUUCUGUGUUCGGCAAAUUAUCCAAGAUAAGGCUACAAAUGCCAAACAUGCCAUAUUACAUGUCACUGUGUUAUGCAUAUCAAGUCAUUGUGAAAGAUACAGAGAAAAUGAGAGAACAUUACUCUACUCUGCUUUUGAAAGAGUACUAAGCUUACUUCUUUUGUCGUUUUAUACAGCAUAUCUCCAUAUCUUCCCCCCUCCUUUUUUUUGCUGAACACGUUUAACUAUUUUGCUUAAAAAUGUCAUGGCAAUGAAAUAUCCAGCUUGUACUGUUAUUUUCUAUUACUACAGUGCAGCUGUGGGCAACCUUUGGCACUCCAGAUGUCGUGUGCUACAUCCCCCUGAUGCUUUGCCAGCAUUAUGGUAGUAAGAGCAUUAUGGGUGAUGUAGUCCACAUUUUGAGUGCCGAAAGUUUCCUAUCCCUUCUAUAUUACCCACACUCCCUAGUUUGGUUCUGUUAAGUACUACAUUUCAUUCUCUGUAAAGAACUUAUAAAUUCCUGGCUAUUUUUUCCCCCCAAUUGUUCUGUCUCAGCUCCCAGCUGGUGAGUACCACAAAGUUUUCACCGUGUCUCCGGGACCCUCGUGUUAUAUGUACAUUUAUGUUAACACUACAGCCGUGACAUUGGAACAGAAGCUCACUCGUCUGCGAGAACUAAAGGAGAAGGUGGAGAACGGAAGUGGUAAGAGUACCCGACGUAACAGUAGGGUGGGUUUCAUGUUGGUCAAUGUAAACCAUGAGGAACAAGUUCUCCUCAAGCCUAAUGCAGUGAAGACUAAUAUAUACAAUUCAUACAACAGACUUUUAAAUGAUGUAAUAAUUACUAAUGUGGAUUAAAAAAGGAUUUAUAAUUUAAAACAUACUUAGUUUAUCCUUAGGCUACAUGUCCUUUUGAAAGUCUUUUAAUGAUCUGCUUUGCGGUAACCUUUUAAUCCUGAUUGUGUCCUUUCAGAGACCUCUCCACUGCCCCCAGAGUUGCAGCCUCUCCUAUCUGGAACAAUAGAUGAUGUCAGUUCUGCUGAUCCUCUAGUUGUCGCUUACUUACGCAGGGAGAUGCGAGUGGCAGAGGCUGAGAGGAGGCGCAACGCAACAAUAAUACAGAGAUUUGAGCGUUUUGUCAACAAGAAAUACUACAUGAUGCGACGGAGGUAAGCACAGAACUUUUAUAGACACCGUUUAAAGACUGUCAUGCAGCCACCAUAGGAAAAGUCAAGAUUUUGGUGCCCAUGUCAAACAACCGACCUUGGGUUGUCUACUAUUGCAAAUGGUAUGCCAUCAUGGGGGUAAAUCUCAUUCCUGGGCUACCAUACGGUCUCAAAGGCAACAUAACCAAUCUGGCAAAUUUCAAUGUGAAAAAACUGAAAAAUUUAAUGUGCUAUAUUUGACCCUGUAACUUCCCAAAACACCAUAAAACCUGUACAUAGGGGGUACUGUUUUACACAUGAGACAUCGCUGAAUACAAAUAUUUUAUUGCAGUAAAAGCAAGUAGUAUUAUGACAUUGACAGUUAAAAUGUCACGUAGAACUAAAACAUUUUUUGUAAAAUCUUAUUUUCUCCCUUUUUUACAUUUUAUUUAUAUUAAAUUAUGUUUCAUAGCUAAAUAUUUGAUGUCAAAUGAAAGCCCUGUUUCCCCUCAAUAAAAUGAUAUAUAAUAAGUGUGGGUGCACAUAAUAUGAAUGAGGUGAAUUACGGUUGGACAGACAUAUAGCACAAAUACCAGGUUUUAAGUUUUUUGUUUUGGUCACAACGUUUACAUUUGGCUCAGUCCUUAAUGGGUUAAAGGAAUACUCCAAGCACCAUACUUUUUAUGUAAAUUAUGUAGUGCAAAAGAUAGUUAUGCUUCCCUGUCAUACAUAAGUAUUUGUAUCCUCACUACCGUUUACAGAUCGAGUCAAGUCUUUCUGUGCACAUUUUGACUAGCUUCAAACAUGAAACCACAUAAAUAGGGAUAAAUUAUAUCAAACUUAUUUUCUGUGUUUCACAACAGAUUCAUUAAAAUGGUUUCUUGUGAUUUAUAUGAAUGCCAUCAGACAUGUUAUUGCUAACCACUCCUAAACAAUGCUUAAGAUAUAGAUCGCAUAUAAAAUGGAUGCCUAACGUUUUAUUGAGUAAAGUUCAAAUAGUGCUCAACUGAUAUACAAAAGAUUUAAUUUUGUUUGAUACAGAAGCACUCCAAGAAAUAAAUAUAUUUUUUUCUUUUUGAAAUUGAUUUUGGAAUGUUCUAUUUCCAUGAUCACAUGGCCUCAUUGCAUUUUACAUGUAGUGAGUAAAAACCAAAUGCAAUGUUCAUAUUAAAGGGACACUAUAGUCACCCAGACCACGUUAGCUCAAUGAAGUGGUCUAAGUGCCAUGUCCCUCAGGUUUUAACCCUUCAGAUGCAAACAUAGCAGUUUCAGAGGCGCAUCUGCAACGCUGGAGGCACAUUUCGCCUCCAUCACGCAGAGCGUCCAUAGCAAAGCAUUGAGAAAUGCGCCUUCGGCUCCGCUGACGUCUGACCGGGGAGCUGAUGUCGGCGGGGGAGGAGAGUUCACCGGCGCUGGAUUAAGGUAAGUGGGCACCCUCAGGGCACUAUAGUGUCAGGAAAACCGCUUUGUUUUCCUGACACUAUAGUGAUCCUUUAAUAUGGAUUUUCUAUUUGCUUCUGGGAUUGUAUAGAAAGCCUUUUAAACGUGACUCCAGGAGUCCAACAUCAGUGCAAUAAAUAAUAUAACACUCCAAACAGUACUGAUUCCUGGAACAGCAAGACAGAUGGGGACUAUUUAAAGCAUUUACGUUUUUUCUUCUUCAGUCAGCUGUUUUAGAACUGAGAUACUACCCAUGUGUAACAUUACCCCUUGUGUGUUGAAAACACUCUAUAUUCUUUAAAGGAAUAUGUGCAAUGUGUAUUGGCUUGUGACUUGGGAAUUAGAAUGUCAAUAAACAAAUAACAAAACAGCUGUAAGUUCAGAGAGAUGUGAAAAAACAGCAAUUUGACACUAGCAGCAUUAUUCACUGAAGUGUGAAUUGCCAGGAGUUCAAACUGAAUUUCCAUUUGUAGUCCAAAAUAGCUGAAUUCAGUUAUUUAGACGUUUAACUACAUAGUGCCAUAAAAGUAGAUGCAUACAUAAUUCUGUUAGGGAUUCCAAAUUUGCUGGAAAGGCAUUUUCUAAGCAGAUACCAAACUGUACGGAGAAUAUUAUAGAGCAGUGAUAGGCAGUCUUGAGUACUGUUGUAGACUAUAUCUCCCCUGAUGCUUUGCUAGCAUUAUGGCCAGGAGAGCAUUAAGGGAGAUGUGGUCCACAACACCAGGAGUGCCAAAGUUGUCUAUCGAUGUUAUAGAGCAGUCAUACCCCUUUAGACAUGUAAGUGCCACAGAGAGAUGUAUUUGUACUUAACUCCUCUGUACACCUCACCCAGUAAAGUAUUUUAUAGUGUUUACUGGAGUGAAGGAAUGGAGAUCUGUCAUUUUGAGAUCAUUAUCAAUUAUUUAAAAGCUUGCUUUUGUCACUCAAUACAAUUCUUAUGUUACAAAACUUUUAGUUCACUAAACUGAAUUAUAAUGAACCGAAAAUAAUUUUAGAUAAAAUAAAGUUGUGGGGGGAGCUUUAAUUUAGAAAAAAAAAAAUUAUUCCUCCCCACCCCAAUUCCGCUUUAAAAUUUAGUUUGGGUGGGAUUUCACAGUUAAGUAAAUAAACACCCUUUUUUUUUUUGGUUUUUAUUCUAACCUACAAAAUGCCUAUCCUAAAUCAGACCAAAUGACAUAGGGAGCCUGUUCUUUGUCCUCCUGCUGUAAUCAGAUGAUACGAUUGACUUUUAUGAAGUCACAUGGUAAUGUGAUUCUCUUGAGUGCUGCCAGGAAGCUGACCUUGAGCAUUCUAUGUCUCGAUUAGUGACUAUCCCACUGGUGGGUACUACAAAUUUGUUCAGUAUAUAAUUGGAAUUCAUGUUGGUAGUUUUCUUUUAAAUUUUUUUACUAAAGUGAAUCUGUUACGAUAGUUUCACUUUACGUCUUAAUAGCUCAUUAAAGCAACAUUACAUAUUUAAAAAUGUUAGAAAACUCUCCAGUGCUAUAAAUAGAAGUAUUAAUUUAUAAUUGUAACGGAUCCCCUAUACUCCAACUGAGUAUAUGUGCUGUAGUUCUCCUAAAUCCCAAGUGAAGCAGUGAUUACCCAAACAUCAGCCUACAAUUGAUGAAGGGUACAUGAAGACUAACUACACAGCAAGGAUACAGUAAAACACUCCCACAACACCCCCAUGAAUUUCUGUGUCAGCAUGACUAAGCAUAACCCAUAAAAUAUUUAAAAUAUACAAAACUCAAAUAGGAACCCCCAUAAAUAUAACAUUGUUAAAUAGCCCUGAUCUGAGCGCUCAGAUCCAUGCAGUGUAGGGGAAACGCCACCGUGUUUAAGUUCAGAACGGCCGCACACAUGGUCCUAUGCCUAAAACAGUUCCAGGGCGUUUGGUGCUUUUGCCGGUCAACUUUCGGUUGCUCCACCUUGCUCUUAGGUAGCGUUUGUUCCCCUUAUUCUCAGGCACCUUCCCUCCAAAAAGCACUCUCCUGGUGUAUUUCAAAGUGGUUUAAAACUGCGAACCAAGUUGUCUGGGAACUGCCCGGGCACCUCAUGCCGAAAACAGUUCCACAAUAUUCGCGACUAAGUCCCGCUGAGGUGACCGGGAAACCACUAAGUCCUUAUGCCGAAAUUAGAUGCAUAGCGGUCGCAGCUAACUACCACUGGGACCAUUUGUGGGUUUGGUUAACGUGAACGGCGCCAGAAUGCCAGCUUUCAGUUCCAUUCGCAUGAAGGGAAAGUUCCUAACCAGGAGCACCCAGGGCAAGCUACUAAUGGCGGGUGGGGAGAUUUAACUCCUGAACAAAGUCUUUGUAUAUGGCCCAUAGUUGGUGGUCAGCGUAUACACUCCUCCAUGAAUUUGUGGAAAACAUCCAGGGCAUGGAGGGUUUGUCACAAUAAUAUUGGAGUGUUCCUUAAAAGUGGCACUGCCAUGGCUGCAUCUUUUUGUUGUUAACCCCUCUCCCGACUCCUCUACACUUGCUCCUCCCCCACCCCCAUGUCUCGAGGUACUCUUAUUUUCCCUUUUUUUUUUUUUUUUACUGCCUUGUUUAUUCCCUGGAUCUAUUUCUUGAUUGCCACUAUCUUAGUGUUCCUGGAAAUUAUGCUUACCGCAUAGUUGUCAUCUGCCCACUCUAGCUUGCGCAGUCAAAAUUCCCGCACAUGCUCUCUUCACAGGACAUUUGCAAAGGGCAAAAGGAAUCAACACGAGAAUAUUCAGGAAAGUUGAGUAUUCUGGGAAAACUCUCCCAGACACAGGAGAAGGAGCUUACUUAAGCUCCACCAUAACUCAAGAAAGUCAAGUGUAGAAAAAAAAUUACAUCAGACAAAGUAGUCCCUAUUUUGUCUUAUGUAUUUAUUUAGAAAUAGAUGAAAAACAGAGUAGGGAAGAGGAAGUUAUUAGGAAAAGGUAAGUACAGGUGACAGUGACACUUUAAGUAGUAAAUAUAAAAUUGGUGUACUAAUCACAGCAAAUACAGUGCCUGCAAGCAUAAUGGAUAGAUUACAGUGUAAGUUCUUUAAAAUUACCAUAAGUCUUGUGUACCAGGACUGGUAACUUUUUAAAGAUAAUGUUAAAUUGACUUAAGGGAUUCUUUUUAAAUGUGUUUGUAGAUAUUACAGUAGGUAACAUAUUUAAACCAGCUACCUGUUAAGGAAGUGGGAGAAAUAUUUAGGGAUCAGUACUUCUUAAAAUAGCGAGACUGCAUGUGUGUAAAUCCUGGCUGGGCAGUUUUACAAAUUUGGAAACAGGUGCCUUGGCCUGUGACUUAGCUUGAUUGGGCAUAUGUGUCCAUGUAAUGCUUCUCAUUCAGAUUAAUAUGCUAGAAAUGACAGAUCUGCAAAGCCGUUAAAUGGUUGAAGCUGCCCAUUUAUUGAUUAUGGAACUGGAGAGACUAGUCAAUCAUGCUCAGUCCCAGAGAUAUACUCUAGGCUUGGCAGAGCUCUUUGCAAUGUCAGAUCUUGCACUAAAGUUCUGCAGUGUAACUUUCCCUGUGUGGAUGGCUAGAAUGCCCUUCAUUUUCAUCCCCACCUGGUUGAGAUCCUCCACUUACUUGUAUGUACCUGAAAAUUUUCAUCCCCAGCUCAUGGUUGUUGGCAGGUGAUAAAAUUUAGCAACUGCCUGCUCUUUAUACUUGAUGCUAUCAGCUGAUCUUCAACAGUCUUUUUGGUAAACUGCAGCAUGUGCUUACAUGGAAAAUAACUAGGUUAGCUUAAAAGAUGACAUCCUUGAAGCACUAAACAGAACAGACAUCCCUACCAAAAUUGGCCCAGUCUAGUAACACCAUGGUGCUAGUUUAAAUUAUGUGUUGCUAUUAUCUUUCCUUAUCUCCCUGUAGCUUGAAUGACCAAUAAAGGACCCCAGAUUAUUUUUAAGUGGUCCAAUCUUUUGUAGAAAGAGCUGUUUUCAAUCAGAGCUAGCCACUUCAGGUGCUUCUGUGGUGUAAACCUAUCUACCUUCCUUCUAAUCAAUGUGUUACUGUUUUGUUUUUUUGCUGCCAUUUCAAUAGGGGCUGUACCAUGGGUGUGGAAGCUUGAAAAGGCAUCCCAAGUGGUUGCACUGGAUUGUAAAAUAGUAUGAUUAGAGAAGAAUUACAGCUGACCUGUUUAUUUAUUUUUUUACAGUAGUCCUUUUCUCUGAAGUUUGCAAAUCACUAAAAAAUUUGUAUGACUUCAGUCUUGUGGAAUUUAAUUGAUAAAAAUUAGAUUUUGUCCUUGAUACCCUUACUUUAAUAAAAAAUUUUUUUUUUUUUUUUUAAUAGCUCUUAAAUUGUUUCAUUUCAGUUUCCUCAUGACUGCCAUUGCGUUGCGGAACCUUGUGUUGGGACGACCCUCACUGGAACAGCUGGCACAGGAAGUUGCUUUUGCAAACAUUAAGUAUGAGGAUACAAGCAGAGAGAGUAGAAAAGAACAUCCCAGAGAGCAUGAACACUCAGAUUUGUGAAAAAGGUUAAAUGCUGCUCUAGACAUUUAAGAACACUGUGCAUAAGUUACACCCCCCACCCCCCUUUUACAAUAAAAAGAUAAGUGUGUAAGUUGUGUAUGUUAAGUUAAUGCCUAGAUGUCAAAGUCUUAUUUAAAGCCUUUACCAAAAGGCUAUACUCUGCAUUGUAAGACAGAGGUCCCUGAUCUUGAGGCACAGAACUGUCACAUCUCGUUUGAUGUUCAAGAGUAUGUAUUAUGCAAGAACCAAGUCAGACACAGGUAUAAAAGGAGAAUUGAAUACUUUAUUCAGGUUAGGUCUUCUGCUGUUAGUUUACCAGAACCAGACAUUGAAGAGAUUUAAAAAAAAAAUUGGUGGAAGUUUUAUGGAGCUAGCACCUAGUGUAGGAGACACACUGCAUUGCAGCUUGUAAACAACCAGUUACUCUGUACAACACUGGUAAAGUGUGCUUACACCUACAGAGUAUUUCCUCACUGGAACAAGCAGACAUGUUACACCAGCUAAAGCCUCUGCAGAAGACAGGCCUGGUUUUUCUGUACAACACCAGGACCUGCCAGAGGUUACUGACCACAUUGAUGAAGAGAACCAAUACACUAAGAUUUUUCAAAAAAAAUAAAGUUAUGUUGCCUGAAGCAGAGGCUACUCUGUACUUACGCCAAAAUCAGGCAACACAAUAAAUAAAGCAGUUACAUAGCCAUUUUCUUCAAGUAAGAUCCUUUCACUCUGCCAGCCUUACAUGCCAGUUCUGUGUCUGGACUCUGCACCUAGCUGGUUUCUCUGUAGCCACACCAGCUUGCAGCAAAGCAAGAACAAAAAAAAAAACCCACAGACAUAGCACUGGCAUGCAGAAUAAAGUUAUUUUAAAAAGGCAGGGAGAGAUUUGUGCAGUGUGGCAGUGGGCAAAAAAAAAAAAAUAGUAAAGCGUUUAAGAUGAAUUGUAUAGGCACCAGGAAGGGACAUCUUGUUACAGCACUAUGGACUCCCCCAUUUAAUGUUUGUACUCGCAAGUUUAAGAUAAACCCUGCAAGAUUAACUAUAUUUUGGCAAAGUGCUUAGUCUGAUGCAUAGGGAAUUUUAAAAAUGCACACUGGGAAUUGAGGGGGUAAACUUAAGUUACUUAUAUGAAGUCUUAGGUCAUGGGAAGAGUCAGGGAUUUAAUCAAUUUCCCAUGUUAGAUACUGCAGGGGUAAUAGCCAAUGACACCAGCAGAACUGAACCUAAACAGUACAAGGCAGGCAAGAUACUUGGUCAUGAGAACACAAAACAUUUACGGCUACGUGCAGUUUAAGUUUAUGCACUACAAGCACUGACUGGAUAAACAGCAGAGGAGGAUACAGGUCAUACAUGGUCCCUUCUCCUCAUUAGCAAAACAUGGCACUAGAGACUAUACAGUGAGCCAGGAGUGACAGGGAAAGUUGAAGGGGGUCUUUUCCUCCCAUAAGAUCCUGCAAGCUUCUCUGUAUACAACGCAAGCAGGUCUGAGGGGGAAAAGCCUAACAAUCAAUACUCCAGCUUUUUGGGCACUUCCCAAGGGAAGCUGUCCCUACCAAAGUGACCAUAGGCUGCAGUCCUCUGAUAAAUUGGUUUCUUCAGAUCCAGAUCCCUGGAAUAUACAAGUCCGCUAGUUAAUACAUAGUCUUAAGAAGAUUUUCCAUAAUUAUAAUCCCACUCUUCUACAGGGUGACCCUGCCCCACCACUUACCCUGUGCAGUUUUGUGCACAUGUAGGCCACUCUGUACUUACCAGAAGACUGGCUAGCUUCCGGAUCCACCAGUGAAACCCACUUCCAAUCUUCACACAUCACCUAUAGUGUCAGCCCACAACAGGACAAGCCAGCUGAGGCAAGCCCUCACUCAGACUAGCUAUGCACAAAGUUAACCUUAAAAUAUUGGAACACUCCACCUCCCCCAAUAAAUAAAGCAGAGUUCUACCAGCGUUACCUGACAAUGACACCAGGACGAAGGUCAAAGUUCUUCUUUACUAUUUCCAGUAGUUCCCGCUCACUCUUCUGUGAGGUCCCGUAAUGGAAAAUGGAGAUUGACAGAGGAUGGGCAACCCCAAUUGCAUAGGACACCUGAUAGAAAAAGAAAAUCUCAUCUAAAUAUAAAGAACAGCAUCCACAUAGGAAUAGGAUUUGAGAGUGUCCAAAUUAAGACCAGUAUGUUAAACACACCUGGACCAGGACACGGCGGCAGAGUCCAGCUUUAAUCAGAGAUUUUGCCACCCAACGGGCAGCAUAAGCAGCAGACCGGUCCACCUUGGUGUAGUCUUUGCCAGAGAAAGCGCCACCUCCGUGGGCACCCCAUCCACCAUAGGUAUCAACUAUAAUCUUUCGUCCUGUUAACCCAGCAUCACCCUGUAGGCAAAUAUAAAAGGACCCUGGAUUUAGUACAAACAAAACUGGGACUACUGCACUGGUUUUUAUUGUAAGUGCAGUUUACACAAAAAGUUUGUAAGUUUACCUGAGGACCGCCAAUCACAAAGCGCCCACUUGGCUGCAAGUGGUAGAUAGUAUCAUCAUCCAGGUAUUUUGCAGGUACCACAGCCUUCACCACCUUUUCCUUAAGGGCAUCUCUCAUUUCAUCUAGGCAUAUCCCAUCAUCAUGCUGCACAGAUACUACAAUGGUGUGAACUCUGAUUGGAAUAACUGCUCCACGGUCCUGCAUAUACUGAACAGUCACCUGCAGAGAAUGCAACAAGAAUGUGGCAAGUUUUUUUUUUUUUUUAAAUUUAAACACAGAAGCCAACACUAAAGUUCCAUUAGUCAGGAAAAGAACCCUCACCUGGGUCUUUGAGUCAGGUCGAAGCCAGGGUAGAGUUCCAUUGCGUCUCAGUUCUGCCAACUUAGCAUUCAGUUUGUGAGCAAGGACCAUUGUAAGUGGCAUGCACUCUUCUGUCUCAUCUGUGGCAUAACCAAACAUUAAUCCCUGCAAGAAGGA